AUGGCAUCCUCAUUAUUUGACCUGUCCGGCAAGACAGCCGUGGUGACUGGAGGCACGCGUGGAAUUGGUCGUGCCAUCGCUAUCGGCCUGGCGGAGGCGGGGGCAGAUAUAAUCAUCGUCAAGGUGAAUACGGGAGAACAUCCGAGGAUAGACAUCCUCGUAAACGCGGCGGGGAUGAUACGACGCAGUGAUGCUGUUGAUGUCACAGAUCAGGACUACGAUGAAGUGAUCCAGGUCAACCUCGGUGCUACUUUCACGCUAUGCAGGGAAAUGGGUAAAUAUUGGAUAAAGAACGAUAUGCCUGGCAAGAUCAUCAACAUCGCCAGUGUUUGUACUUAUUUCGGGAGUGUUAGAGUACCAGCCUACUCCAUCAGCAAGGGCGGCAUUGGUCAAUUGACAAAAGCUCUAAGCAACGAAUGGGCAUCAAAGGGCAUUAACGUGAAUGUUAUUGCUCCUGGGUAUAUUGCAACCGACUUGACCCAGGGCCUCCGCUCUGGGGGAGAAGAGGAGCAGAAUCUGAAAGUUAUAACGUCGAGAAUCCCUGCUGGGCGUUGGGGAACACCCAAUGAUAUGAAAGGACCUGCUGUCUUCCUUGCGAGCGCGGCCAGCGCUUACGUCAAUGGGGAACUGUUAACGUAUGGAAGGUUGAUGGCGGAUACUGUGGUCGUUGAUCUCGCAUGA